AUGAGCCUCCCCCCCGGAGACCACCGUGGCCUUCGGGGCUCUCCUUCCACCACGAUGACAGGUAACAAACGUCGUCGUCAUCAUCAUCAUCAUCAUCAUCAUCGGGACAUAGUCACCUGGAGUCUCCUUGUGGAGAGCAGGGCUGGGCCGGCCCGUCAAGGGGAGGAACCCGUCCCAGCAGAGGACCAGGCUGCCGCCCUUGGCGGAGGCCCCGCUGGAGGUGCUGGGCUCGGCCCUGCGCCCGGGGGGCUCCUCGUGGCUGGCCAGGACCACCGCCAGCCACCUGCCCACGCCGCUGCCCUCCCGCCCGGCCUCCCCGGUCACCUUCAUCUUCAGCAGCAAGCGGGACGGGCACCUGCCGCCCCUCCGGGUCUUGAUGGACGCGGCCUCCCUCCUGCUGGAGCCCCCCGCCGGGCACCCCACGCCCCCCGUGGCCCCCGGCCGGACGCCCCGCGGGACCCCCCAGCGCGGGCGGGUGCAGGACGCCUCCUUCCAGGACCCCCGCGGACUCUUCCUGCGCCCGCUCCGGGAACAGGCCCCGCUGCCCUGGCCGCAGGGGGGGCCCCGGGCCACGCCCUUCAGGCCCCCCCCCUGAGAGGGGCCUCCGGGGUCCGGCAGGUGGGUCCCAGGGAAAGCGGGGUCUGCGGGAGAGGAACAACAGUCGAGAUCUAUAUCUAUAUCUAUAAAAGAGUGAUGGCAUCACGGUGACGCACAAAACAACAAAACUACAGGCCCCCCAACCUCGAAAUUUGACAACACAACCCAUCACCCACGCCUCUAGGUUCAUACAACAAACAGAAAAGAAAAAUAAAGUCCUAAUUAGAGGGAGAGGAAUAAUUGCUUUUAUCCAAUUGCUGCCAGUUAGAAGGCUAAGCUCCGCCCACUUGGUCUCCUAGCAACCCACUCAGCCCAGGGGACAGGCAGAGUUAGGCCUCACUUAGGCCUCUUCCACACUGCCUAUAAACUACAGAUUAUCUGAUUUGCACUGGAUUAUAUGGCAGUGUAGACUCAAGGCCCUUCCACACAGCUAUAUAACCCAUUUAUAAUCUUAUAUUAUCUGCUUUGAACUGGAUUAUCUUGAGUCCACACUGCCAUAUAAUAAAAUAAUAAUAAUGAUAAUAAUAAUAAUACUUGCCGCUCCUUCAACUCAACAGUCAGGAAAUAUGAGUGAUAUCAAAUAAUAAUAAUAACAAAUUAAUAAUAAUAAUAAUUUAUGUCACUCCUACUCGACAGUCAGGAAAUAUGAGUGAUAUCAAAUAAUAAUCAUCAUCAUCAUCACCAUCAUCAUCAUACUUGCCACUCCUUCAACUCAACAGUCAGGAAAUAUGAGUGAUAGCAAAUAAUAAUAAUAAUAAUAAUUGCCACUCCUUCAACUCAACGUAACAGGAAAUAUGAGUGAUACCUAAUAAUAAUAAUAAUAAUAAUAAUAAUAAUAAUA